AUGCCAGGUCACAAGCUGCAUUCGCCUGUCUGGACCCCGUACGCACUCUAUGGGACAAUCGACUAUAUCUAUGGCUGGCCGGCGUUCAACGCUCGGAAUGGCUUUACCGUCGCGCAGACCGUAUUGAACCUUGUGGAAUCUGCGGCUUAUCUGUACUACCUCUUCAUCAUCUAUAAAUAUGGAGCGACAAAAACUACAGGCGGACGUGGAAAACAGCGCAAGACUCGCAAGGGUUUGUUGUGGAUGUUGAAGGGCGACAAAGUCGUGUCUGGGCGCACUGGAGCGACGGCGCUCCUGGUAGCCUUCAGCGCCUCCAUCAUGACUUUGAGUAAAACGGUCCUUUACUGGCUCAACGAGGCUUUCUCCGGAUUUGCCAACAUUGGACACAAUGAUGCUUUCACAUUGAUUACUCUGUGGGUCAUUCCUAAUGGACUCUGGAUUGCUUUUCCUAGCUAUAAUAUAUAUACCUUGGGGAAGGAGAUCUUGGCCGCUCUUGAGACUUCCGUACCCGCCUCGCGAACGAAGUCGUGA